GAAACCGAAGGAUCCUCGGUCUCCCCCUCGAGAACAAACCGAAAGCCAUACUCGUCAUCGAGCGUAGUCACAUCAGCCUCUUAGAGAUUGGAAAAAAGCCCCCUCAUAGCGAGAGAGCUUGGAAGUAGUUAUUUCGAACACAUCCCGUCCCACCCUUCCAUCCCCCAAAAUGUCCUCCAAACCAGCGAUCGGCUUCUGCGGCCUCGGAGCCAUGGGCUUCGGCAUGGCCACCCACCUCGUCAAGCAAGGCUACUCCGUAACCGGCUUCGACGUCUACGCGCCCACUCUAGACAAGUUCAAAGCCGCCGGCGGCAUCCCCUCCACAUCGCUCUCAGAAUCUGCAAAAGACAAGCAUUUCUAUGUCUGCAUGGUCGCGACCGCACAGCAAGCGCAGGCCGCGAUAUUCGGGGAAGAUGGCAUCGAGAAGGGAUUGCCGAAAGGAGCGACCUUGCUGCUGUGCAGCACGGUGCCGAGCGCGUACGCGACGAGCGUGGAGAAGGAGUUGAAAGAGAUUGGAAGGGAUGAUGUGUAUUUCAUCGACGCGCCCGUUUCCGGGGGUGCGAUCCGCGCCGCAGACGGCACGCUCUCUAUCAUGACCGGCGCCUCGCCCUCCGCUAUUGAAAAGGGCAAAUGGCUGCUCGAAGAGCUAUCUGCGCCGUCCAAGCUCUUCAUCGUGGAAGGCGGCAUCGGUGCCGGAAGCAACAUGAAAAUGGUGCACCAAGUACUCGCCGCGAUCCAGAUCCUAGCCGUCAGCGAAGCUUUCGGAUUCGCGGCAAGGCUGGGGCUGAACGGGAAGGAUGUUAGGGAAGCGGUGGUGGGAGGUAGAGCGUGGAGCUGGAUGUUUGAGAAUCGGAGUGUGAGGACAUUGAAGGAGGAUUAUUUCCCGGGCGCGAGUGCGGUGACGAUUAUCCUGAAGGACACGGGCAUAAUAACAUCCAUGGCACGUCUCUUGAACUUCCCGGCACCGCUCUGCAGUAUCGCAGAGCAAGUCUACCUCUCGAGCGUAGAUAAAGGAUAUGGACCGAACGACGACGCCGGUCUCGUACGCCUAUGGAGUUCCGAACCUGUCUCGAACAUCCAGACUGAAUUCUCAGACGAAGACAAGAAAGCAAAGCUAGAGCUCGUCACCAACCUCCUCAUCGGCAUCCACCUCUGCGCCGCAGCCGAAAGCAUCGCCUUCGCCAAGCACGUCGGCCUUCCACUACCGCAGCUCUAUGAACUGGCCGUCGACGCAGCAGGCGGCAGCGCGAUGUUCAAAGAGUUCGGCGCCAAGAUGAUUCCGAUACUGGAAGGAGAGAGGGCAGAGAAUGCUGAGGUGCUAGGAAGCUAUCUGGAAGGAUUGAAAAAGGCUGUUGAGGAGGCGCAAAACAUAAAAUGUCCGCUGUAUCUAGGGAGUGGCGCAUUGAACUUGAUGCUGCAGUCAGGAAAGAACCUGGACUUAGCGACUCUAUUGACGCUAUACACGGUUUGAGGGAAGGUUGGACAUGAGAUAGAGGAGCGUCAGAUGGAAUGAAAAGCCAUGAUGGACUAUGAUUGAGGUUGAGCAUGCCGCACCAAAGUCUAUUGAAGACUGGAUAACCUAUCAAGGAGAAUCUAUCACGCUAGAAUCAGUACGAAAUCCGGGCUUUGAGGAGGCGUCUC